UUAAAAGAGGCCAGGGCGGUCGGAGGGAAGACGCGGAGAGUGCGUGGAGCCAAGCGCAGAGUAGAGCGCUUCAGCCAACAACUGACUGCCCCAGCACAGCCACGAGCAGAGCAAGCCGAACCGUGAGGCACACUCGUGCAACACAGCUGAGGCGGACGGAGUCCCCACGUCGCCUCAUCUACUGGCCGGAGCCCUCCCAACGUUCAGGCUACCGCGCCGAGCCCCUCCAACCAGUAUGAGGCUCCUGGCCGCUGCGCUGCUGCUGCUGCUCCUGGCGCUGUGCGCCGCGCGCGUGGAUGGGUCCAAGUGCAAGUGCUCACGGAAGGGGCCAAAGAUCCGCUACAGCGACGUGAAGAAACUGGAGAUGAAGCCCAAGUACCCACACUGUGAGGAGAAGAUGGUUAUUAUCACCACCAAGAGUGUGUCCAGGUACCGGGGGCAGGAGCACUGCCUGCACCCCAAGCUGCAGAGCACCAAGCGGUUCAUCAAGUGGUACAACGCCUGGAACGAGAAGCGCAGGGUCUAUGAAGAAUAGGGUGAAAAAUCACACAGGAGAACUCCAGACUGAUUGGGAGGCUUUGAGCAAAGGACUUUGCAAAUUUUUGAAAUCAAAAUAAACACCUUCCUUUCUCACAGGCAUAAGACACAAUGUACACGUUGUUGAAAAGCACUUGUAUCCAGGGUGAGCUUCUACCUUUUAUAGCCGCAUGCAAAAGGCUUCCAGAUGUGAGACCUAUCUCCCCUGCACCCCAGAUUAUAGCACAAGCAAAAAUGGGGGAAAUCAUGCCUUUCCUUUUUUAAAAAAAAAAAAAAACAGAAUGCUCUUUUGUAUCUGACCAUAUGUCACCAUGCUUUGGAGCUUUAUAUGCAUCCGGGAGGAAUGGUGGACUUGGUUGGGACAUUUCUUUGCAGAGCUGCUCUUUUCCAGGCUCUGGAAGCUUCCACUUGCAGGUCCUGGCAUCUCAGCACAGCUGUGGUGGGCUCUCAUGGGCUUACAGUCAAGGUCACAGCUUCUGUUUGGCUCUGCAGGGGCUACACUGGGCACACAGGAGCAGAUACUUCUGUAUAAUUUCUUUGAGGAACUCAAACUGGUGACCAGAACAAUGUGAUUCCUUCUUCCCUGGUCACAUUCAACUCGCUCUAGGUAUCAACUCUGAGAUCCUGUGAGGGCCACCAAAAGGAGGGCCACUGGGGGCUUUUCCCCAACCUGGGGGUUUGUGAGAAGGCCGUGGCUUCUCUGUUGAACACUUGGAAUACAUCUGAAAUUCCCAACCCUUUGAGAAAACCUUAGGAGAAAACUUAGACAUGAACAACACACAGCCACAAAGACAUGUGCUACCGAUAAGGGACAACUUCCAGAGCAUGUCACCCCCACUGCAAGGGGACACACACAAAAGCAAUCCACG